ACCAUACAUCAAGAAGAUGCUCGAGAAGUACCGAAUGCUACUAGCCAAGCCCGUCAGUCAACCAUGCCCGCAGACGCACCGACUGAGCAAGGACCAGUCUCCUCAGACACAAGAAGAGCGAGAGCGCAUGAAUCGACUGCCCUACAGAGAAGGCGUCGGUUCAGUGACGUACGAGGCGUGCGCAUUGAGGCCAGACUGUGCAUUCGCCGUCAAGGAGUGCGCCAUGCACAACAAUGACCCAGGCGAAUGGCACUGGAAGGCGCUUAUGCACCUCAUGCGCUACCUGAAGGACACAAUGGAUGCUCGCCUUGUGUACAAGCGGUCUGGCACAGAUGAGAUCAGGCUGACGUGCUACGCCGACUCAAGUCUCGGCGACAAUGAGGACGGAACGAGCACAGGUGGAUACCUGACGUUCCUCAAUGACUGUCUGGUUUCGUGGUCGUGUAAGAAGCAGACCUACAUAACGGGGAGCACGAUGGUGGCCGAGUAUGUCGCGCUGUAG